CACUUGUUAAGAUCGAUCAAAAACGAAAUGGCUUCUUGUCUUCAAUAUUUCAUUGUGUUUGCCAUGGCCACACUUGUCACGAUCCCUUCUCAUGCACAACUCACUCCUGAAUUUUACGACAAAGUUUGCCCUCAGGCACUGCCUAUCAUUGAGUCAGUUGUUCAACGAGCAAUAUUCCGUGAACGACGCAUGGGAGCAUCUUUACUUCGCUUGCAUUUCCAUGACUGUUUUGUCAAUGGCUGUGAUGGAUCAGUUCUGCUAGAUGACACCCCGAACUUGACCGGGGAGAAGAGUGCCCUACCAAAUAUUGGGUCACUAAGAGGUUUGGAAGUAAUUGAUGAAAUUAAAGCAGCAGUUGACAAAGCUUGCAAACGUCCUGUAGUAUCAUGUGCUGAUAUCUUAGCUAUAGCUGCUCGUGAUUCUGUCUCCAUAUUGGGAGGGUCACUCUACUGGUACAAAGUUUUACUAGGCAGAAGGGAUGCAACAACUGCUAGCAAGGAUGCUGCAAACUCAAAUCUUCCUCCUCCAUUUUUCACUUUCUCUCAGCUUCUUUCUAGUUUUCAGUCUCAUGGUUUGGACCUCAAAGACCUCGUAGCUCUUUCUGGUGCUCACACCAUUGGAUUUGCCCAAUGCUCCACCUUUAGGAACAGGAUCUACAAUGAUACCAACAUAGACCCCAACUUUGCAUCUUCUUUGCAGGGCACGUGCCCUAGAAGUAGUGGUGGAGAUAGCAAUCUGGCAGCAUUGGAUCGUGCCACUCCCUCAAGAUUUGACACUUCAUUCUAUUCUGCAUUGCUGAGUAAAAAGGGUCUACUUCAUUCCGAUCAAGAGCUCUUCAAAGGAGAUGGUGGUGAAAGUGACAAUUUGGUGAAGCUAUACAGCAAGAACCCUUUUGCUUUUGCUAGGGAUUUUAAGGCUUCCAUGGUCAAGAUGGGUAACAUGAAGACUCUUACUGGGAGUGUUGGAGAGAUCAGAAACAAUUGUAGAAGAAUCAACUAAAUGCUUUCUUAGUGAUGCUAGGGUUUCCAUAAUUAAUGAUGCGAAUGAGAUUGUUUUAAAGUUUAAAUUUUGUUUAAGAAUAUUAAAUAAAAUAUUGCUAAUGUUGAUUGACAUUUAUUUUUAUUA